AUGUCCUACUCCAACGAGUCCUGCGGCAUCAGCUGCCCCCAGCCCAUCGCCGAGAGCUCCAACGAGCCAUGUGUGCAGCAGUGCCCUGACUCCAGAGCCCUGAUCCUGCCCCCGCCGGUGGUGGUGACCAUCCCAGGCCCUGUCCUCAGCACCUUCCCCCAGGAGAGCGUUGUGGGAUCGUCGGGCCCAGCCUUGCCGGGGCGUUCCUUCAGUUCCCGCAGUUCCCAGGGCUACGGGGGCUCCUUUGGGCUGGGAGGUUCUGGGGGUUAUGGGGGUCCCCUGGCCUUGGGGGGCUCCUCUGGCUAUGGGGGCUCCUUUGGGUCUGGAGGUUAUGGGGGUUCCCUGGGCUAUGGGGGCUCCUUUGGCUGUGGGGGCUAUGGGGGCUCCCAGGGCUAUGGGGGCUCCCUGGGCUAUGGGGGCUCCCUUGGCUACGGCCGUUCCCUGGGUUAUGGAGGUGACACCGGCUAUGGGGGCUCCUUUGGGGGCUAUGGGGGCUCCUUUGGGGGCUAUGGAGGCUCCCUUGGGGGCUAUGGGGGCACCCUUGGCGGCCAUGGGGGCACCCUUGGCGGCUAUGGGGGCUCCUUUGGCAAUUGCGGGAGGUCCUACAGCUCCGGCUUCUCCUCGCGGGGCCUGGGCUAUUCCCUGCCUGGCUCCCAGAGAUGGGGCAGGUCCCGCCGUGGGAGCUGUGGGGUUUUCUAA